AUGGAGCUCCCACCAAUGACCCUAUGGGCAUUUUGGUCAUUUCUCCUUGUCUCUUCCACUCACGUUCCAUGCUUCUUCGGAUCAGCCGCUCACUUCUCCAACGAAACCGAUCACCUUGCUUUGCUCCACUUUAAAGAUCUGAUAACCGACAGUCCUCUCCAUUCCUUGACCUCAUGGAACCAUACUCUCCACUUCUGUCGCUGGCGAGGAGUCACAUGCGAUGGUCGCCAUCAUCCUCAAAGGGUUACUGCCUUGAAUCUCACAAACAAUAACUUGGUGGGCCCCAUAUCUCCCUUUAUAGGGAACCUCACCUUCCUCAAGAGAAUCGAUCUCGCAAACAACAGCUUCAGCGGACCGAUUCCUAAAGAGAUGGGCCAGUUGUUACGCUUGCGGUAUCUCAGUCUGGACAAUAACACACUCACCGGAGAAAUUCCAACAAAUCUGACCUACUGUUCGAAACUCGAAGUCCUUUAUCUUUACCAUAAUGGGUUGGUAGGGAGGAUUCCAACUGAGAUUGGCUCUCUAUCGAAACUCACUGAAUUGGUUCUUGGUGAGAACAAUCUUACAGGAAGCAUCCCACUUUCGUUUGGAAACCUUUCGUCUCUCUCUUUCCUUUAUCUCACAACAAACAGUCUGGAUGGCAGCAUACCAGAUGACCUUGGUCGGUUAGCAAGCUUAGAGGAGUUGGCCAUUGCUCAAAAUGAACUGUCAGGUAGGAUUCCACCCCAGCUAUACAAUCUCUCCUCUAUUAAGCUUUUGGACGUGGGAUUGAACAGAUUGCAUGGAAACCUUCCUCCUAACUUAGGCCUCACUCUUCCUAACCUCCAAGAGCUUUACGCUGGAACAAACCAAUUCACAGGACCCAUACCAAUUUCAUUAUCCAAUGCUUCAGGACUCGUAAUUAUUGACCUUGAUAGCAAUAGCUUUAGAGGAUCUAUAUCUACGAAUUUUGGAAGCCUCAAGGGUCUGUCCGAGUUACUUUUGUGGGGUAAUAAACUUGGAAUUGGAAAAUCUCAUGACCUGAUUUUUCUCGAUUCUUUGACCAAUUGCAGUAGCUUACGAGUUUUGCAGGUAGCCAGAAAUCAUCUAAGCGGUGUGUUGCCUAACUCCAUAUCUAAUAUUUCGACCCAACUGACUUGGCUAACUUUGGCAGAUAACAAGAUAUUCGGAAGCAUCCCAUCUGGGAUUCAGAAUCUUGUUGAUGUAACAGUACUGGAUAUGGGGUAUAACUUUUUAACAGGUACUAUUCCCGUUGGUAUUGGGAAGCUUAACAAGGCAAGAAAGCUUUUCUUUGAAGCAAAUGAAUUAUCAGGCCAAAUUCCGUCUUCCUUGGGCAACAUCUCCCAAUUGUUUCUGCUCAGUUUAUAUGAAAACAAUCUAUCCGGUAGCAUACCUUCAACAAUUGGCAAUUGCAAAAAUCUGCAAGGCAUAUACCUUGGCAGUAAUAAGUUCAACAGUAGCUUACCCAAACAACUCUUCAUCUUUCCAUCUUUGAUUGAACUUUCCAUUGGAAAUAAUGCUUUUACCGAUAGUUUGCCACUUGAAUUUGGUUACUUGAAAACUCUCUCGGCAUUGAUUGUUUCAAAUAACAAGCUGUCAGGAGAAAUUCCAAGCUCGCUAGGCAAUUGUCUCAGCCUAGAGUAUCUCUUAUUGGAUGGAAACUUCUUUCAAGAAUCAAUUCCUCCAACAUUUAGUACUCUAAGAGGCCUUCGAUCCCUGGAUCUUUCAGGCAACAACCUUUCUGGGGAGAUUCCAAAAUAUCUGGAGAAGCUUGCUCUAGAGGGACUCGGAAAUAAUAAGCUUUGUGGGGGUAUUCCAGAAUUAAAUUUGCCUCAAUGCUCUAGCCAAGCUUCCAAGAAACGGAGAAAGUCCCUUGCAUCAAAAGUAAAAAUCUCAGUUGUUGUUGUUGUCCUGUGCCUUAUGUUAGUAUCAUGUAUCUUUACCACUCUUUAUUGGGUAAGAAAGUCAAGAAGGAAACCUGUUGAUGUGCCUUCUGCGGAGGAUCCUUUCGUCACCAUGUCUUAUGGGGAACUCUUUAAAGCAACAGAUGGCUUCUCUUCUGCCAAUUUGGUCGGCACCGGAAGUUUUGGCGCUGUAUAUAAAGGGGCUCUAGAUCGUGAUGGAACUAUGGUAGCAGUGAAAGUCUUCAAUCUUCAACAACAAGGAGCUCUGAGGAGCUUCAUGGCUGAAUGCGAAGCGUUGAAAAACAUUAGGCAUCGGAAUCUUGUUAAGAUCUUAACUUGCUGUGUAAGCAUCGAUUUUAAGGGCAAUGAUUUUAAAGCUCUAGUUUACGAGUACAUGCCCAAUGAAAGUCUAGACAAGUGGUUGCACAAAGAUGGUGAUGACCAGCUUGGAAGGAACUUGAAGUUUACUCAAAUGCUAAACAUAGCAAUUGAUGUGGCUUCUGCACUGGACUAUCUGCACAAUCAUUGCCAAACACCAAUCAUUCAUCGAGAUUUAAAGCCAAGCAAUAUUCUUCUUGAUGAUGACAUGAUUGCUCGUGUGGGUGAUUUCGGGCUAGCCAGAUUCUUACCUGAGGUUGCUAAAACUAGCUCGGUUGGAAUCAAGGGAUCUGUUGGAUACAUCGCUCCAGAAUAUGCGAUGGGUAGUAAAGCAUCUACACAAGGAGAUGUUUACAGCUAUGGAAUCCUUCUAUUGGAGAUGAUCAUUGGAAAGGGGCCAACUGAUGGCAUGUUUAUGGACAAUCUAAGUCUUCAUCAUUUCGCUAAGUUGGCUUUGCCGGAACGAGUAAUGGAGAUUGUUGAGCCACAACUGCUUAUAGAAGACAAUGAAGUUACUCAAGGCAAUGGAAAUCAUAUCAAUACAAGGAAUAGAAUACAUGAAUGCUUGAUUUUAAUGGUCAUAAUCGGUUUGUUGUGCUCUUUAGAGUCUCCAAGAGAACGAAUGUGCAUGAAAGAUGUGGCUUCAGAAAUGCAUGCAAUCAAGAACCAAUAUCUCGGGGUCAGGAUUCACAGAGACAUGCAAGUUAGAUCACAAAUGUUAGAUGGAGGUGUGGAUAUUUGGACUCCUAGUGGAGCAUAUCUUUUGUGCUUUGUAAGCCAAGCGAGUGUAUCUGCAUCCCAAAGUGAGGUUUCCCCCCUUUAAGCUUAUCACUUGAGUUCAUUAAUCUUAUUAUAGAUGAUGUUUUAAUUACUUAUAUGUAGAACCUAUUGAGUUACUUGGUUAAUCUAUUUGUCUCAGUACAUGAAUAUGCUAAUCUUUUAUGCAAUUGACUCUUAAAUUGAAUAAUUGGCAUGACUCUUUAAUUCUAUUAAGAAUAAGUGACUUGAUUGUCACAUGUUAUCUCAAGUUAAAAAUAGGUUAAUUAAUUAUAUGUUUGCCACUUCUGAUUACUUGAUGAUAUUUCGGAGGUCCUUGAACUAGUGGACUUUUUUUCUAAUGGAUCAAAUGAAAAUUUUUGUGGACUUACCACCUUACAGAUCAUUUGGACCUAUGUGGCUUUUGGGGAUAAUCCAAUUUUAUUGCAUCCUUGGAUGGACUAUUUGCCUUAUGUGGUUUUAAUGGAAUAUUUGCCAUUUUGCAACUUGAUGAUUUAUUUUAUGCGGAGUUCGUUAUAAUUUCUAAGUGAUGUCGAAGUUCACGAGUUGAUUUUCUAUUCACCUCCCAGAGUUCACUUUUUAUUGUUAUUUUUUAGUGAAGUUGAAGUUCACUUGCUAAUUUUUUAGUCACCUUGUAGAGUUUUACAUGAUUUUCAAGUGAAGUGGAAAUUCACUUGUUGAUUUUCUAGUCAUCUUAUGGAGUUCACAUACAAUGUGAUUUCUGAGUGAAGCAGAAGGUCACAUGUUGAUUAUCUGAUUAUUUUGAUAUGUCCAUUCAUAUUGUGGUUCCUUUUACAUUUUCUUAAUAGAGUAAUUAUAUUGGUUGGCUAUAUUCUUUAUGUAUAUGAUCAUGAGUUAGAAUUUCAUUGUUUAAUAUAUCUUUUUCUAUGUUUUGCAAACUAUUUUGAAUUAUGAAUGUUGAGUGUGUAAUCUUAGAGGAUAUUCCUCACUGCAAUAGUCAUUGAUGCUACCAAAAC